AUGGCUUUUGAGACUAAAACAUGUUUUGCUUUAUUUCUUGUUCUCUUGGCUGCAUGCUACAUGCAGCAUUGUGUCAAUGGACAAUCUCUAGUGCCUUGCAUUUUCAUAUUUGGAGAUUCAUACUCUGACAGUGGAAACAACAACUAUCUUCAAACCACUGCACUUGCUAAUUACAAGCCAUUCGGUAUCGACUUUCCAACAGGACCAACAGGAAGAGCUACCAAUGGAAGAACUAAAAUUGACAUAAUUGGGGAAUUACUUGGAUUUCAAAAUUUUAUUCCACCUUUUGCAAAUACAACAGGUUAUGACAUACUUAAAGGAGUUAACUAUGCAUCUAGUUCAGCUGGAAUUCGCUAUGAGACGGGCAAAAAGACUGCGGGUACUAAUAUCGCUCUGGGAUUGCAAUUACAAAAUCAUAAAAUCACAGUAUCCAAAAUCGUUGCCAAGCUUGGAGGUUUACCACAAGCUAGAGAUCAUUUGACAAAGUGCUUGUAUUAUGUUUAUAUCGGCAGCAACGAUUACGCAUUAAAUUAUUUUCAGCCAGCAUACUACUCAACAAGUAAAGACUAUAAUCCCGAACAAUAUGCUCAAGUUCUUAUUAACCAGUUAUCCGUUUAUCUACAGGAUUUGCAUAGUGAUGGGGCAAGAAAACUUGUACUAGUUGGUUUGCCGAAAAUAGGAUGCGCUCCCCUUGCAAUUUAUAAUGAUGGAAAUCCUGGAUCAUGUGUCGAAGAACAGAAUGCUGCUGCAUUAAUAUUUAGUCAAAAGCUUAGAUUUCUUGUUGACGAAUUCAAUGCUUUGCGUCUUUAUACCAAAACUAUCUUCGUAAAUACCAAUGCUAUCGCCAUAGAGAAUUAUCCUGGUUUUCUAGUUACAGAUGCUUCUUGCUGUCCAAUGAAGCCGAAUGGAUUCUGCUAUCCUGAUUCAGUUCCAUGCACUAAUAGAAAUGAGUAUGUUUAUUUCGACGGAAUUCAUCCUUCAGAAGCUGUAAACAACCUCUUUGCAUUAGCUUCGUAUGACAGCACUAAUUAUCCAAAUAUGACUCAUCCAAUUGAUAUUAGACAACUUGCUGAACUAAUGAUUACAAAUGAGUAUUAA